UCUUUUGCGUCACGAAACGUCACUUUUGUUGUGAAAUUCGUGAUAUUGGUUUGUUUGUGAAAAAUCAGGAAAAUCUGAAUUUUCCAGCACUUUUAUUCAAAAUAUUAUGGCAUCCUCGAGUCGUGAUAGUCAUGGUACACAAUCUGGCUCUAUUACACAGCCAAUGCAGAGCCUAACUGCUAAGCAAAAAUAUAUUGAAGAUUACGACUUCCCGUACUGCGAUGAGUCCGGGAAGUAUGAAAAGGUUUCUAAGAUCGGACAAGGAACCUUUGGGGAGGUUUUCAAGGCGCGAGAAAAGAAAUCCAACAACAAAUUCGUGGCUAUGAAGAAGGUGCUAAUGGACAAUGAGAAGGAGGGGUUCCCAAUCACAGCUCUGCGAGAGAUCCGUAUUCUGCAGCUGCUGAAGCAUGAGAAUGUAGUGAAUCUCAUUGAGAUUUGUCGGACAAAAGCGACUCAGAACAAUCGCUACAGAUCCACAUUCUAUCUUGUCUUUGAUUUCUGUGAUCACGAUUUAGCAGGGCUGCUGUCCAAUAUGAAUGUAAAGUUCAGUUUGGGGGAGAUUAAGAAGGUGAUGCAGCAAUUGCUCAAUGGCCUGUAUUACAUCCACAGCAACAAAAUUCUCCACAGGGACAUGAAGGCAGCCAAUGUAUUGAUAACGAAAAAUGGGGUACUUAAAUUGGCAGAUUUCGGUCUUGCCAGGGCUUUUUCUAUCACAAAGGGGAAACAAGCGAACAGAUAUACCAACAGAGUAGUGACUCUGUGGUAUAGACCACCUGAACUGCUACUUGGGGAUAGGAAUUACGGGCCGGCAGUGGAUAUGUGGGGAGCUGGAUGUAUUAUGGCUGAGAUGUGGACAAGAUCACCAAUAAUGCAGGGAAAUUCUGAGCAACAGCAGCUCAUCUUCAUCUCACAGCUGUGUGGGUCCUUCACGACGGAAGUGUGGCCAGAUGUGGAGAAUCUGGAUCUCUAUUCAAAAAUGGAACUUCCCAUGAACUACACCAGGAAAGUUAAAGAGAGACUGAGGCACUACGUAAAGGAUACUCAGGGCUGUGAUUUGUUGGAUAAACUCCUUCAGCUCGAUCCGAAAUCACGGAUUGACGCAGACACUGCCCUCAAUCACGAUUUCUUCUGGUCAGAUCCAAUGCCAACUGAUCUCAGCAAAAUGCUGUCGCAGCAUACCACCAGCAUGUUCGAAUACCUGGCUCCGUCAAGACGUUCCGGGCAGAUGAUGAGGCAGCAUCAGCAGCAGAUUGCUGUGAAUCAGGUGCAGACCAAGCAGCAAGAGAACAGCUACCAAGAUCGCGUGUACUGAAUCCUUUACUAUUUAUCGUAUUUUUUGUAUAAUAAAAGAAUCUUAAGAAAAA